AUGAGCCAAUUUUUACGCGCCGCUUUACGCAGAGUCAAUUCAACAGUAGCAUUGUUGAACAAUGGUAUCAUCACACACAAUCAUAACCAUCACAAUUGUUUUUCCACGUCAGCACCCACCCAAAAUGCCAUAAACAACAUUACGGUCUUCGGCUCAGGCUUAAUGGGUGCAGGUAUAACACAAGUAGCCGCCCAAAACGGGUACAAAGUAACCAUGGUGGACCUUGACGAACAAUACCUACAAAAAGGUCACGACAUUAUCAACGCAUCUUUGAAACGAGUCGGCAAAAAACUGUACAUAGACGACGAGGCAAAACAAAAAGAACUGAUCGAUUCGACGUUUGCUAACAUCACCACCAGCACCGACUCGUCAAAGUCAGUCGAGGCAGCUGAUCUUGUUGUUGAGGCAAUCGUGGAAAAUCUCGAGACAAAGCAGAAGUUGUUUUCGACGUUGGACAAAGCAGCACCAGGACAUACCAUUUUCACGUCGAAUACUUCCAGUUUACCCAUUUCAGAUAUUGCUCAGGCAACGACGAGACCUGAAAAAUUCGCGGGUUUGCAUUUUUUUAAUCCGGUACCGCAGAUGAAGUUGGUUGAAGUGGUGAGGACGGAUAAAACUAGCCAGGAAACGUUUGAUACCUUGGUUGAAAUCACUAAAAAAUUGAAAAAAGAACCGGUUGCAUGCAAAGAUACCCCUGGAUUCAUCGUCAAUCGACUUCUUGUGCCCUAUCUAUUGGAAGCUAUGCGUCUCGUUGAACGCGGUGAAGCAAAUCCUCAAGAUGUUGAUACUGCAAUGAAACUGGGCGCUGGAAUGCCAAUGGGUCCUUUCGAGUUAGGAGACUUCGUCGGAUUGGAUACUCUUAAAUUCAUCGUUGAUGGCUGGCGAAAAGGCGGAAAAAUAGACGCAAACUUAGUCGAACCGGUCAAAAUUCUUGACGAACUCGUCGCUGCCGGUCAUCUUGGAAAAAAAUCUGGCAAAGGAUUUAAAUCCUAUUAA